AGCUCUCUCUCUAGUGCUCGCGGGUUUAUUUGCGCAAACAUAACACCGCGAGCGCUUCGAGAGAGGAAUAACACCAUUUUGUGGCGGUUUUAUUUGGGAUUUAAACGAUGGAAGGGUUGCUAAGGUUGAAAGCAAAUAACAGUUUAUACGGCCCAAAUAGAAUCAGCGCUGGAACCGAGAUCAAAGAUUUACUAUCCCGCGAUCACAUAUUGCAAAGAGGCGAAUGGCAAAACCAGCAUGACGGACUCAAUCCAUGGAGCACUACGUUCGCUUACGCUUUCAAGCCGACUGCUGGUUAUCAAAGUCCGAGAAAACUUUUGCAGUCUUCUGGGAGUCAGAAAGCAGCAUUUGUACUUGGGACGGAGAAGGACGUUAUGCUGUCAACUGUAACUAAAGACUUUGACAGGAAAUGGCUCAAAACACCGAAGAAGGCACACCCCGAUCUCGGCACCAAUAAACCAGAUUUUGCACCAAAGUUCAUGUCCAACACAAACUUUGGAGAAGAUGGGUCCAUUUACGCAAAUCCCUACAAUGAAACUAAGAGAGCCGAUACAUCACAGAACACUCGCGAGAGGAGACAAUAUACACACGACUUGCGCUCCACUCAUUUCAUGCUGGGGUCAUCUGAGCCAAGGUUUAACACGGAAACCACCCACACAUUUCGCUCUAUUGACGCACCCUCUGACGUCACCCCUGCCCGGGCCACCGAGGCAGCCCGCGCUACUCAGCGCUCAAGCGUGUUCCGCGAUGGAGACUGGAACCAAAUGGGGAGACCUUGCGUGACGAGUUCUGUCACGCGUAACGAUUUCCAUGUCAAGCCGUUCACGACUGGUGGUAAACCAACUGGAAGACGUCUCUUGAAAAAAUUGACGCAUGCUGAAGAGGAGCAAGUGACACCAUUGCGUGACGUCAUGCGGGAGGCCAUUUUGAAGCGUCAUGAUGAGAAUGACCAGAUCUCUUUGCUUCAAGCGUUUGCAAUGCACGACCUAGACAGAUGCGCAUACAUCUCUAAAGCAGACGCGAAGGACGUGCUGCUCCGAUACAGACCCUGUCUCACUGAUGUCGAGUUAGAUAGUCUCAUCGCAGAGUGUAACCCAGGGCAACAGGACGGCAAGCUGGAUUACGGUGCCUUCGCCAUUUUCUUGGCAGGGUUCUCAAGACCCUUAUCGAUGGAGGACGCUAUUCCCAUUAUUCACAAUGAAAGCUACACCGGUACAACCUACAUGAAGACCAGCUACCCUGACCCGAACACGGACAAACCCAAAGAUAACCCACAUCAUCGACAUUAUCAAAUAAGUACGCAUUUCGAGCUUGGUGAUGAUUGUACAGGUCCUAAGUCAGUUUACCACAAGGAUUUUAUGAUGGGUAAAAGAGAUCCUCGUACCAAGCCCCUCCCGGCUGACCCUCCGAUGUCCUCGCAGGUACUACCUCUAGAUGAACUGCCCGCGACACGCUCUACCAAGACAGCGGACUACGUGGACCCCGCCAUGCACGGUGCUCGUCAACUAGUUCAGAUCCGAGACGAAGAGGCCAAACGAAAUCAGAAUCGCUUGUCUAAGCUUUCGGUGAAGAUAUCAUGUGACCCUCGCCAUGGUGAAACCUACAGACAGGCGUCCGUGUCUGGAACUGAUUACCCCACCCCCCCUGGGGAUUACCCGACCCUAGGUCCACGCAGGGCUCCUCAGAGUAGAUACAGAUUCCUGGAUACGGAUGGCGCUCUUUUGCAGCCUCCUGCGGGCCCGCCACGCUCAGAAAUACAGGACCAGUUUAUUCUACUGUCGGACCCAGGUUCCUCUCGAGAAAAGAACACGGAGUGUCAGGAACGCCUCUCAGAUAACCGCAACUCUCACUUUGCCCUUGGCACGGACUUGGAACCCAAAGGCUCGGAGCAGCAUCAUCAAUUCGCCAAAAAAUCCCCGCUCGACCCGGCCAUCCCAGCGGCAGGCAAAACUGAGACAAAGACCAACACCUACUCUCACGUCUUCCCAAGUGACUCCGCUGACCGCGGUACAGAAGACGCACCUAAAGACGAGGCGGCUAUUAUCCAAGCAAGGAUACGCGAGAUGAAUAAAAUAAGAAAAGAUAUCCAAGGUUACGUGGACAGAACAACAUCCGAGACUUUGACUGGUCCUAAAUUGACCAUGACGUCUGUCAUGAAGAGCGAUUACUGCCCUCCCGAACAACGCAGCUUCACAUCAGCCCAGCAACGCACGAUCGAGGCUGCACACAGUAAACCAGUCGCCAUGGAACCGCACUACUUUCACCUUAAAUACAAACAAGAUGGGAAUACGCUGACCACCACAGGACAUGACUUCUCUCGACCUGACAGGCUUCCAAGUCGGCAAUCGAAGCUGAAUUGAUAUUUUCUAAAAGGACAUAAGUACGAGCUCCUUCCUGUUAAGUCAUCUAAAUGAUAGACAUCUAUCACUCAAGUGAAAUAAACUCGAGCUCUACAUCCUCUACAUCGGUUGUAAUCCGACCGAAAACGACGUUGCAGACUUUCGUGAUUCAUUCAAAGUAGUCAUUAGGAAGGAGACGUGUGAAGCAAAGAAAAUGAGCUUUUAUUUCAAAUCAUACCAUAGAUUGAAUAAUACACAUCGUUUUUUGUUCUCAAUUUGAAGGACAAUUAUUAUUAAACAAUUACGAUGACCACUAGUUUAGUAUAAUAAAUCAUGAAGUCAAAUUAA